CACUGAUGACGUAUGGCACACCACUGGCGAAUAUGUCUACAUCUUUGUUGCUUUGAUACAUGUGCUGGUACAUCAUAUUAUGUAUCAAAGCCUAGAGCAGCAACAUGCCCUAUGUUCAGAAACACUCAAGGGUGUUUAGAUUGCAGUGGUAGGGGACACCGGUGACAAGUGUGUGAUACGACGAUUAACAUGAUGCCUACAGAGGUACUUAGCGAGCAUCAAGUGGAUUAUAAACAUAAAUAUAAGGCCCUCAAACGCAAACUCAAGUUUCUUGUUUAUGAGCAAGAAUGUUUUAUGGAAGAACUGAGAAAAUCACAAAGGAAACUUUUGAAAAUCUCCAGAGACAGAAGCUUUCUCCUGGAUCGUCUGUUACAACAUGAGAAGAUUGACGACUCUUCUGGUGAUUCUGACGCCACGGCAACCAGUGACAGUGAAGGCGAAGGCCAUGGUAGCCCAGCCAAAAAAAAGAGAUCAUCUCUAUCUCCCGGGGGACUUUCCAUGCUUGGGGAUGCUUCAAUGGCAGGUCUCUCCGGGUAUAGUGGGUUACUGCAGGCACAGGCUAGCUUAUUGCACUCCACACAAGAUGGCAGCAGAAAAAGACCCAAGGCAAGUAACAAGCGGGCAAAGACAAGCACUCCGAAACAGUCCCAGAGUAAAGUGGGGAGCGUUCACAGUGAAGAGAGUAACAUGCCUGGCCAGAUGACACGAGAGCAACUGGAGCGCCAUCUGGAGACUCGACACUUCAUCGGUAUCGAGAAAGCACCCGCUAAACUCCCCAUGGAAAUAUUUAGCAAUGAAAACUCCAACCCUGAAAGCGAACCAGUUACUGGAGAUGAAGAAGAUACGGAUCUGGUCAUCGAUAUGCCACAGUGAUGAAUGUGUCGAGCAUUGUGCCACAGUGACAGACAUAGUGCCACAGUGACAAAUAUGUCUCACAGUGUCAGAUGUGUCACAGUGAAGAGGUGGUGACAUCUUCAUGUCUCAUGAGCAGUUGGUACAAUGGGCAAUGUUCUUGGUGCUGAGGUGGUGUUGGAUAAAUGUUACUGCUUCAACAUUGUUGGCUGCAAAAGUGCAACUUUGUUGGUCACAUGGGUCUAGACUGCUGUGUAGUUUUGAACACCUGUAUCGUGGUGUUUAAUAGCACUUGUACGAGCAAGGUGGAGUGAUAUGCUAACACAUAAUUGUGUUAUAGUCUGACACUAACACAUAGUUGUGUUAUAAUCUGACACUAACACAUAAUUGUGUAUGAAUGCAUCGGUGAGACAAGGAUAUUGGUUUCCCGUGAAAUGACAUUUGUGUGUACAGACACGUUAACCUUCCCGUAGGUGCACUAUAUUUACGUGGAUAAGAUGCCUGAUCUUUGACCGAAGAAAAAUGGACAGUACUGAGUAGAGGAUGUUUUCCAGUGACAUGAAGAUUUCUAUCCAGUGCACCUUAAAUGCAAUCAGGCUACAUUCAGGUGCAAAUAACUUGUUUUUAGUAUAAAUUUUGAUAUCUUCGACCUGAAAUGGGAGUUCCCAUAAGAAUAAAAAUAGCAUGCAUGUAAUACAGUGAUACCCAGUACAUGUGUGUUGUUUAGAUGUCCUAGAUGAACAGAAUAUGUCAGGAUAAGCCAGUGCGAGCUGAACACAUUUCCACAAUACAGCAGUUUAUUUGGUUAGGAGUGUACUUUAAGCAUGUUACAGUUGUCACAUCUAAAGUUACAUGGAAAACAAAAUGGGUAGGUGUAUUAAUUUAGUAGGGUGGGAAAGGUUUGUUUCCAGUCUUAAGAGUGGGUUCUCAUGACACCAAUGGAGAAAUAUACUCGUUUUGUUUAAAAUUGUCAUGCUUCUUUGUUACUUCGAUCUCUGCAGUGUUAGAAACUUUGAUCAGAAUAUGUCAUUCCGGGAUUGUCGAAUACCUGGUUACAGCAUUGCACUUCCCUUCAUAAAAGGCACAAUGAGUAUUUUUUUUCCUUUUAUGUGCCUAGGAAAAACAUAGGCUGUAGGAAGUCAAUAAAGUGCUCUAAGUGAUAUAGAAUAGGCACAAUAGUGUCA